AUGUCAGCCUCUGCACCUCCAUCCUGGUUAUUCUCCAACAACUUCACCAAGACCAACAUCGACAACAUCACCCCUACAUCACCGCAACAAAACAAGAUGGUUAAGAAGGAAAAGAAGUCCGAGAAGAAGGUCAAGGCCGCCGCCGCGCCGACCCAACAGGCUCCUCCCGAUCAAUUGAUGGACCUCGUCGACUCCUUCCUCUCCGAGAACGCCUUCACCUCCGCUCACGAGGCUUUCAGGAAGCAGCGCGCCCAGAGCGGCUGGAAGCCCUCCAAGAAGCAAGCCACCCGUCCCAGCCUUGUUACUGUCUUCCAGACCUGGCAAACCUCCAUCGAUGGUAACGCCGCCGCCGCCAAGGUCAACGAUAAGAAUGUCAAGGCCGUAAGCAGUAACACAGAGAAGGAUGUGGACAUGGCCGAUGCCGCUGCCGACAGCGAUAGCUCUAGCAGCUCCAGCUCCAGCUCCAGCUCCAGCUCCGAUUCUGACUCGAGCAGCGACAGUGAGAGUGAGGAUGAGAAGCCCGCGCCGAAGAAGACUCUGAAGCGUAAGGCGCCCGAGUCGGACAGCAGUAGCAGCGACAGCAGCAGCGACUCUUCCAGCUCGGACGACUCCAGCUCGGAGGAUGAGGCUCCCAAGGCCAAGAAGCAAAAGGUCAAGAAGGAUGACAGCAGCUCGUCAUCCGGCUCCAGCUCGGACAGCAGCUCUAGCAGCGAGAGCGAAUCCUCCGCUUCCGAGUCUGAGUCUGAGUCCUCCGACUCCUCCUCUGACUCCUCCGACUCAUCCUCCGACUCUGAUUCCGACUCUGACUCCGACUCGUCCGACAGCGAUUCCGACUCUGACGGCUCUGAGGCUGCAAAGGUGCCCCUUCCUGACUCCGACUCUGGCUCCUCAUCUUCCGAUUCCUCCUCCGACUCGGACUCGGACUCGGACGAAGACACCAAGAAGUCUGGCAAGAAGGCCGCCAAGGCCGCUGACUCGGCCUCCAACUCCUCCGCAACCCUUGAGAAGACAUCCCCCGAGCUCAAGCCCGAAACUUCCACCGCCGCCGACCCUCCCCUGCCCCCCGACCCCAUGCUCAACCGUGCCAACAACCGCGGUGGCAAGGGCGCCAACGGAAAGGAUAAGAAGGUGCCCAACAAGCCCUUUUCUCGCAUUCCCGACGAGGUCUACGUCGACCCCAAGUUCGCCAGCAACGAGUACGUCCCCAAUGACUACUCUCAGCGCGCGCACGAGGACCUCAUCGUCACCAAGGGCAAGGGCUUCACCAAGGAGAAGAACAAGAAGAAGCGCGGCAGCUACCGCGGCGGUCUGAUCGACAUCUCUGAGAAGAAGGGCGUCAAGUUUGACUUCUAG